GGAGCUUCAUUCAUGACAUCAGAGUGGUGUGGGAGGAGCUUCAUGCAUGACAUCACAGUGGUGUGGGAGGAGCUUCAUGCAUGACAUCAUCGUGGUGUGGGAGGAGCUUCAGGUGUUCAUUAAUCCUCUGAUCCGUCUUCAGGUGACCCUCUGUGACCCAGAUCACCUGGACACAGUCUGCAAGGCCACAGUGAGGCGCCUUCUUCUCGUCGUCGUUGUUGUUGUUGUUGUUGUUCUCCGUCUUGUUGUUGAGGUUGUUCUCCUUUUAAAGUCACAAAUGUCCUGCUGAUGUUUACUGAAUUCACAUUUGAACAUCUGGAGGAGCAGUGCAUUGUGGGAUGUGGAGGAGCAGUGCAUUGUGGGAUGUGGAGGAUUAUUGAUGAUGAUGUGUGUUUCUCAGUCUGACCACCAGGUGGAGGAGCUGUGUUCUGCUCUGGUUGCUCAGAGUCCAGAGGACAGAGUCCGCCUCCUGCAGCGACACACGGGUCCAAUCGGAUCCUCCGCCUGACGUGGAGCAGGUGAAGGUGGAGCUGGUGGUAAUGACGGAGCGAGAGGAGGCGGAGGAGACUGCGAUUGGUCAGAGCGAGGCGUCCAAUGAGAAGUCGGCAGUGGGCGAAUGUCCAGUCACAGCCGACCAAUCGGAGCGAGGCGGCUCUGAGGUCACGUCGAACACUCUGAACAGCAUUUCCCACAAUUCUCAGCGGGUCGCUCACAAAUGUCCUCAGUGUGGGAAAUGUUUCAUCUACCGCUCUCAGGGCUGUUACGAACUGCUAACGUCCUCCAUGCAGAAGAACCUGGGAGUCAUCGCGGGAGUCACGUUCAGCAUCGCCUUCUCUCAGCUCAUAGGGACGUCUCUGGCCUGCUGUCUGUCUCGUCUCAUCAGCAGCAACCAGUACGAGAUGGUGUGAGACAGGUGCAAGAGUUCCUCGUGACCGCGGAGCCGAUCAAUAAUCAAUCCCUCGAUCCACGUGUUCAUGAGGCAGCAGCUGACGAUGAAGAUGAAGAUGAAGCUGUCUCACAUGUGGGAGGAAAAUAAAGUAA